GAGUCUCAUAUAACUUUCCAUAAACUGAAGGCUUCAUUGUUUUGGUAUCUGGACUCACCUGGUGACUUAACCUAUUAUGUUCAAAAGUAUGUGGGACUUAUCUAGGGUUCCCAAAGUAAUUCAGGAGGAUCAUUUCACUUGAGCAGAACAGUAGACAGAAGGCUCUCUGUCUGAUGUAGGCUUUUUAGCUAAAAGAAAAACUACCCAACCUGGAAUAUAUUUUGGAGAAUUUACAACACAGUAUAAGUUUAACACCAGAGGAUAUCAUGGAUGAAACAAAACAAGAGAAAUAUGCACUCCUACAUGAUGAGUCAGAUAUUGAAGAAUAUGAUAAAAUGAAACUUGGCCAGAAAAUCCAUCACAAUGGGAAAUCCUACAUAAGAAGAUCCAGCCUAGGUUCAACAUUGGCUCAACCACAAUGGCUUUGUCAUACAGUUUUCAUUGUACUCCUGGUCUGCUCACAAGCUGCUCUCUGUAUAUUUGUAUUGACCAUGCACCUCAACAUAAACACAAUUAAGGAUGAACAUGCGUCACUGCACAAAAAUGCACUGGAAAUGGCAGUUCAUUUUCAACCAAUUAAUAAUACAAGCAUUUCAAAGCAUGAAAAUGUAACUCAAAUGGAUGUGGAGCCGAUGAUUAAAAAGCAACUACAGGAACUCAAUGUUAUGGAAAAUGUCAAUUUACUCAAAAGACUUCACGCCUUAGAAACAAAUAUGAAAUCAAUGAAAAAUAUUGUCUCCAGCCAUGGUGAGGACCUCAAAACAGUAAAAGUCCAACAACAAGUGGAAGGAAUAAAGCAUGAAAAUGCACUGCAAAGGCAGUUAAACAAUAUUAGCAGAGACCUGAAUGGCUUUCACAUUCGCCUGGAGGAGGGGCUGGACUUGGCCUUCUCACAGAUAUCCCAGCUCAGAGAUGAUGUCUUUUUUCUUGAAAAUACCAUAAAUCAAUCAAAGCAAGAACGAUUUGAUGUGAAAGAAUUUACACAGAAGCCAACAAAAAAAGAAACUGUGACCCAAACAACUAUCCACCUGCUGCCCACUGCACCUCAGGCUGGCAUUCAGAUUUUGCUGCAUGAUACUACAAGAGACUCUACCACCAUGUCUAUGUCGAGUCAGAAGGAAAUGGCUGAUGAAAUCUUUCAAAUAUCAAUCCCCUUCUUGAAGAGUCGGUCAGACUUCCAAGUAUUCUUCUAUGGAGCAGACAAGGAUGCAAAUGGCUUUCUUACUUAUGCUGAAAUAAAGAAAGUGCUUGGAGACGAGACUCCAAGUGAAGACAUGCUACUUCCCUUUGACGAUGAUCAAAAUAGAAUGUAUUCCUACACUGAACUUAUCAGAACAUUCCAUCUUAAAGAAUAAAGAAACAAGAGAAUAUGAAGAAAGCAACAGACAAGGCAGCAAAGAAAAAGACAUUUAAUUACUGUUUUGUUUCUUCAUACAGCACCUGAAAAUAUAAAGAAGUACACAAUGUUUUUAUAUUUAAAGGGGUUUUAUUUCAAAUAUUUAAACAAACAUAAAAGCAUGAUUCAGAGAAACAAAAUUCAUGUUUUUUAGAGAAACAUCUAAACUGGAUGUUAAGGCAUUCAGGUAAACCAUAUAUUCCCUUUCCCAAUAUUAUUAUUAUUAUUAUGGUAUUGUAUUGCAAUAAAACUUUUGUAUUAAGUGAA